GUAUGCACACAGAUAUAACGAUAAUAUUUGAAAAUAAUCAUAACAUCUUGAGAUAGCCCACAUUACAAACAAAGUAUCAAGAUGGACACGUUCUUUGUUUUUGUAUUGAUAUGUUUUAUCAAUGGACUACACGGUUCAGCAACACAGGCAAACAGCAGAAGAACAAUUAUUGCAAACUACACAAGCAAGAACAGCCACUGCCAAUAUUUAGGUGUGACGUCAAAGCAACAAGGAUUUACAACAGAAUCGCAUACACCAAUUCGACUUGUGAACGGACCAACACGGUAUUCAGGGCGCAUAGAAGUUUAUUAUGGUGGUGUUUGGGGCACUGUGUGCGACGACAGUUUUGACGAGGACGACGCUAGAGUCGUUUGCAGGAUGCUUGGACUUUAUAACGGAUAUUCUCGUGCAAGGGGAAAUGCCUACUUUGGUACCGGAAAUGGUUGCAUAGCGUUGGAUGAUUUGAGAUGUAAUGGCUAUGAACAUGAUAUUGGCCAGUGCCGGUCAAAUGGAUGGUUCAACAAUAAUUGUGGACAUGGGGAAGAUGCUGGGGUGGAUUGCUAUGGAAGAACAACAACAAAGUUAAUGUCGAAAACGUAUCCUUCGACCACACAUUUUUCGACAAAGUUGCCAUGGCUAACAACUCCAUCUCACAGUUUUCGCACCACUUAUGCAAUAACAAGAUCGCCAUAUUCAGCAUCACACUGUCAAUAUCUACAGACAAGUACCGAUUGGUCGUAUAAUCAUAUAACAAGAGUGCUGGCACAAACACCCAUUCGGCUUGUGAACGGACCAACAAGAUAUUCAGGUCGAGUAGAAGUUUACCAUGGCGGUGUUUGGGGCACUGUUUGUGAUGACAGUUUUGAUGAUUUUGAUGCGAAGGUUGUUUGUGGAAUGCUUGGCUUCAGUACAACAUACGCAAAGGCGUGGACUAAUGCACAUUACGGAAGUGGGAGCGGUUGUAUUACAAUAGACAAUUUAGAAUGUAGUGGUAAUGAAAAUGAUAUUGGCCAGUGCCGGUCAAAUGGAUGGUUCAACCAUAAUUGUGGACAUCAAGAAGAUGCUGGAGUAGAUUGCUAUGGUCAAGAUUCAACCACUUUAAUGUAUACAAAACUGAGAAUGACCACAAUACCACAUUUAACAUUAGGAAGAACAACAGCAAAGUUAAUGUCGAAAACGUAUCCUUCGACCACACAUUUUUCGACAAAGUUGCCAUGGCUAACAACUCCAUCUCACAGUUUUCGCACCACUUAUGCAUCGACACCAAUUCGUUUGAGAAAUGGACCAACACGAUAUUCCGGACGUGUAGAAGUGUACCAUAAUGGUCAAUGGGGCACAGUCUGUGACAGUUACUUUGACAAGUUUGAUGCCAGGGUAAUUUGCAGAAUGCUUGGUCUGUAUAGGGGUGACAGUUAUAGCAAAGCUUAUCAUAAUGCAUAUUUCGGUGCGGGGCAAGGCAUGAUAUGGCUUGGUAGCUUAGGAUGCGUAGGUUAUGAAAACGAUCUCACACAGUGCAGGUUCUAUGGCUGGGGUGGUAACGGUUAUUGUGGACACUCAAGGGAUGCUGGAGUAGACUGUAACGCAAGUCCUUAUGGCGACGUAACAUUACCGUGGCAUUUUCAAUUUACGUUUGAUGUCGAUACAACUACGUCAACUCCCUUGGAAAUAACAACACAAAAGGCUCUACGUCUUGAAGAUUCUGUAAAAGUGAGCUGCAACGUCAAUGGUUGGGACAUAAAGGUUGAUAUGGGCAUACUAAAACAAGUGUAUCCUGGUUCAAAGCCAACUGACAUUUAUCUCGGUGAAAACACAUGUAACGGACUCUACUCGUGGAAUGUACUCACUUUCAAUCAAGGACUGCGGGAGUGUCUGACAUCUGAAACGAUACAAGGCAAUGCAUUGAUAUACAACAAUGAGCUAGUCUAUGCGGAACAUGACCCUAUCCAUCCCUUCAUCAUUAGGCAUUACAACUGGACUAUCAAAGUUGAAUGUGACGUUCAAAGAAAUGAAUCUUCAGCAGGCCAUCUCCAUCAUGAUGCUAGCAACAGUAAUGCACAUCAAGUUUCUGGAAACAGUCAUUAUCCUGUUAAUAUGACGUUCUUUACUGAUCCAAACUUUCUUCACCAAAUACAAGGACAUCCUUUACAAGUUUCAGUCGGAUCCGACGUUUACGUGAAGGUGUUCACGGAAACAUCAGAUUGGUCAGUCAAGAUGAGGGUACACACAUGUUAUACCAAGCCAACACCUAAUGCUCAAGAGCAUAUGCGAUACUAUAUUAUAAAGAAUGGGUGCGAGAUGGAUAAGAAUACACAUAUUAUCUCGCAGUCCUCACACGAGACUCGAUUUAUUUUUCAAGAUUUUGAAUACACGAGUAACCACGAGGGUAUCUACGUAUAUUGUGAUGCAAUUUUCUGCAGCUCAUCCGACUAUUCAAAUCAAUGCUUGCAAACGUGCCACCCGGUAGUGAAAAGAAGUGCAACGAACUAAUCUUUAAAAAAUCUUAACUAAAUAAAUCGCUUAAUUUAGACAUAUAUUUCACUCUAAAUUAAAGUGGUUUAUUAUUUAUUUCGUUUGACUGUAACUUUUUAUUACCCCUUAGUAAGUAUAAACUAAAAAUAGAAUUGUUAUAGAGAUCACUUUUACACUAUCAUCUAUACAAGCUAUAAACAUACAAUCUUGAAUAAUGAAAUUUCGAAUGAACAUUCAUUCUAACGAGAGUCGUUGUGUUAUAUUUUCAG